AUGGCUCAACCAUGUCAUGCCGUCGUCCUGCGCGAUUUCAGUCAGUACGGUCAAAAGGCCACCCUCAUCAGCGAACAUAGCAGCGUUGGUUCAGCAAACCUCAAUGCACAGCGAUGUGCUCAAGAUCUGGCGGGAGGUGCCCAACGUAUCGAGGUUACCUAUCAUCACUUUGGAGGGUACAGUGCCUAUUGCCAGACCGGAGAGGUGCACAGAGAGCCUUUCGAACUAGAGGUUGUCCGAUCAACUCGACGAGACGCAUCACGCCCGAGCGUACCUCCCUCAGCCGGGACAUCUAACGUGGUGAAUCUACAAGGCAAUACAUCGGUGCUAUUCAACAAAAGCCAAUCGAUCCAUACCGGUGGGCGCCAUCAUCCGGGAGUUGCGACAGGAUCUGGCUUGCAACAGCAACAACAGCCUGCGCAGCCUCGCAUUCCUUCGAAUGGUCAUCAGGUGCUCCCACACGCGCAUACACUUCCUCCGAUUGCACCUUUGCUGCAGCAUGCUUCCCAGCAGCCGACACAAAAAGCGACAGUUCCCAUCGCUGCGCCGCCCAAAAGCUCGAGCUUACAACGACCCUAUGUUGCCUACACUCUGACUAGGGUCGAUUAUGACCACUGGGAAGACGAUGCGAAGGAAGAAACCCAUGUCUUAGGCGUGUUCCUCGAUCUUAAAGAAGCAAACGCAGCUGCACGCAAGCAUACAGAGCGGGAGUAUAAGCGGGCCGAGGUCGAUAAUGGCUGUGCUGAGACCCCAAGUGAAGACAAGAACUAUGCCGAUGGCGUUGUGCUGGAAUGUAGGACUUACCAGGAUGAUCGCGAUCAUUUCAUUGUUGAGGUCAAGGCAUUUCAGAUCGACAUGUUGGAUGAUGGCUACGAGGACACUGAGUCUGAAGAGGAGGAUGAGGACGAAGAUGAAGACGCAGGAGAUGAGGACGAAGAUGGCGAUGCAGGGGGUCCUCCACCCAAAAAGCGAAGAUUUUGA